CAAAUUGUUCGUAAAAAUACUUGUCUAUUUCUAGAUUCUAGAGGUAGAGGAAGUGACAAGUCCAUCAAAUAACAUUCGAGUACCCUAAGUUAUUGGGAUUUUUUAUAAGUGAAACGACGGGAAAAAUAUUAACUAAUCGUUUUGUUUAAAUAAAAAAAAAUAUCAAUAUCAUAAAUAAUUUUUUUUUAUUCGUCAAUAAAAUUAUUACUUAUUGAACUACUUUAUUAACAUAAUUAUUAAAUAUUUGUAUCAUCAUACAAAAAGUGAAUUGCUGCAGUAGCAUUUAAUAAUUGUCCAACUUUUAAAGUAAAAAAUAAAAUUAAUCAUGUUAAUUUUUAUUCAGAAAUUAAUAAUAAUUUUCAUUUGUUUGACAAUUCGUAACGUUAUGUCCGAUAACUGCAUGCCCAUUGAUGAUUUUGACAAUGCCCAAUUAAUAAUUACACUGACGGCUAAGAUUGAUAAUAAUCUUACUCGUAAAAUUGGUAUUUAUUGGUACAACAAAAAUUUUAUGUCGGGAGAUAUAGUCGCGAUCUAUGAUAGGAAUCCGGUAUUUAAUAAUUCAAUCCCAGUUUUUGAAUAUAUGCCUGAUAUUUAUAGUGGUAAUGUUAUUACUCCCUUAACACUAUCGUUUUUGAACGGAAAUAAAAUACCAGUUAACAAAGACAUUUGUUUAAAAUAUUAUGGUGCUUGGAUUAGAAAUAAUAGAAUAAGAAAAACGACUUGCUUGUCAACACAUCGUAAUUGGAUGUAUGAAAUGAAAAAUUCUAUAGGACCGUAUCGUUUAAGUGAAAUUAUUUUACCAGGAAGCCAUAAGUCUGGAUUAUAUAUAAAAAACCUCCCAAUAUGGGAGACUCCUUAUGAAAAGUAUACAGUCACGCAGAAUCAAGAUAUAUUCACUCAGUUAGUUCAUGGAGUGCGAUUUAUUGACCUUAGUCCAGAUUAUUUCCCUGAAAACUCUAUUGAAUAUUGGUCAAAUGAAGGAUGUUCACGAAAUACGCCUCUACUGGGAAUACUUAUGGACAUUAAACUGUUUCUUCUUGCGACUAAAGAAAUAAUUGUAAUGAAUUUUCGAAAUUUUUCUGAAGGUUUCAAAAAUGAUGAUAAUCAUCGUAAUUUCAAAAAAUUUCUCGAAAAAGAAUUCAAAGACUAUAUUUUAUAUGAAAGACCCAUUAAUCCAUGGAAUAUAACUUUGAAUGAAAUUUGGCAAUCGAACAAGCGGCUUAUUAUAAGUUUCGAUCACGCCGUUCAAUCAGAAAAUAAUUCUGUAUGGUCUCUACACAUAAAUUACGAAUUGGAACACAAAAAGUCAAUAGAAGUUAUUCGAAAAGUUAUAGACGAGGAGUACGCUGCCAAAUAUGAUCAAGUUUUAUGUAGACACGAACCAUGUAUUCGAGAACCAAGAGUAAUAAUGGCUGCAGUUAAAUCGGAUUACAUUCCUGAUUGUUAUGGAAUUUCUAAUAAUAUUAACGCUAGUAGUUAUCAAGAUCCUCGUAGUGCCGCAGAUAUCAUCUCACCGAUAUUGCUACAAAUCUUCAACGAGCAAUUCUUUGUUAAUGCUAAUAUAAUUGCACUUAAUUUUGUCGAUGCUACAGGAAUUGUUGAAUUUGCUAUAGAAUGGAAUAAACGACGAACAUCCCCAUGCUAUGAUUAUUAUAAAUCAUUAAUGACUCCUAGUACUAUAUUUUAUGUAUAAAAAUGUCGUUAAUAGUUGCUUAUGCUCUACUGAAAAAAAUUAACUCUUUUCAAAACAAUAAUUUCUUAAGUAGGAAAACAACAGUAGUAAAAAUUAUUAUAUAAUCAAUUCCAUAUUUAAGUUAAAGAAUAAUUUUUUUGAGAGAAGUAAAUCAAAAUUUAUUUAUAGUACUCCAAAAAAAAAGAAAGAAGAUGAGCAUAUUUCGAGCUGAGCUUAGAUUUAUCCAACUAAGAAAAUGAUUUCGAAUGAAGUCAUCAAAUUUUUGCACUAAAAAUACAUUAAACUGGAAGUUUCCCAUAGCGUAAUUUCUUGUAAGAAGAAAAUACAAUAUUUCUACAAGUCAUUUUUUUUCUCAGUGUGGUAUUUGACACAUAGAUCUAUAAAAAUAUCUAUUAAAAGAUACACAAUUAUACUUGUUAUUUAAAAUUCUUACUAAUAAUUUUAUAAAAUUUUAUUUUUAUCUCGACGACAUUUUUUUUAGCUUUCUGUAUGAAAGUAAAAUUGUUAACUGAUCAUUGAUGUACUAAGACAAUAAAUUGUAAAUAACUCUAAAACUAUU